CUCUCUGUUUUGUUUAUUCUUUGUUGAUUAGAUUUAUUAUAAGACUGGAAGUAAAUCAUUUGAACUUUUGAGUUCGUAGGAGAAAGGCUGAAGUUUUUUGAUUGGUUCUGCAUGUGUUCUCAAAGUGACUUAGUUUAAAAAAUUAAUAAGAUAUAAGAAUCAUUUUCGAUAAGAAGUGACAUCACAGCUUGACAAUAGAAAGCUAAUUAUCAACUAGCUUCAUUAUUCGUAGAUAAUCAAUCACAGAAACAGACGUGCAAAAUGAGUCCGGAAUGGGCUAAAAUUGUUACAAUGCUGACUCUGGGUCUUGGAUCUAUGAUCAUUGGUUUGCUUCCAGCAGCUUUCACAAACUAUAAUUUUCGUCGAUCUCCUUUAUUACUCACAUUCCUAUUGUGCUUUGGUGCUGGAAUUCUUAUGGCAACAAGCUUAGUUCAUAUGCUUCCGGAAGUCAGCGAAGAUCUUGGUCACGGAUUUGCUGAAAUAAUUUUCUGUGUAGGAUUCUUAAUCGUUUAUCUUGCGGACGAGUUGCUACAUUUUUGUUGUGGCGAAGCUAUACAACAUACACAUGAACAUAAUAAUCCAGAUGAAGAAAGACAAUUAAUUCUCCCAGUUGAAUCCUCGACUAGUCAUUCACAUCAAGUUGUACAAACCUAUGGAACUACAGAAAAAACAAAGAUAGAAACUUGUGAAGAACAUCAGCAUCAUCAUGACGUUCAAGAUGAAUUAAUUAAUGAGAGAAUUUGUCACACUAGUCAUGUUGAACCUUGCAGACAGACUUUGGCUGGAGUGAUUGGAAUGCUAACAGCUCUAUCUAUUCAUGCAUUGAUUGAAGGAUUAGCUAUAGGGAUACAAGAUACAACGCCUCGAGUAAUGAUAUUAUUUACAGCCGUAAUUUCACAUAAAUUUGUCGUUGGAUUUUGUCUUGGUGUUGAACUCUCUGUUAGUUCUGGUGCUUCAUUUAAACACCACUUUGCAGCUAUUUUUGUAUUCUCAAUGGGAAGUGUUCUUGGCAUUGCAAUUGGAAUGGGACUAGUUGAUCUCAGCUCAGUGUCUGACUCAAAGUUUUUGCCUAUUAUGCAAGGCAUCGCUGGAGGUACUUUAUUGUAUGUUACAGUCUGUGAAGUUUUGCCAAGAGAAAAAGCUCGUUGGCAUCAAAAUCGUGUGAAUAGAGCAGCUGGCUUAUCUCAGUUACUUGCAUUUACAUUAGGCUUUACGGUUAUGACUCUCCUAAAUACUUAUGUUAAAGAUGAUUAAUUAUGAUUAUAAGAUGAAGAUCUAUUGUUGAGAUUAUUUUUUUAAUACUCGCUGUUUUGUACCCAAAAAUUUGUAGGUUUAUGUAAUUAGAAUAAAUUUACUCCUCA